AUGCCUCCUUCAUCUACAGGCGCGACUUGUGGCGAUGGCGCUGUCUUUUCUGUUUCCUCUUGUUUCUCUGCUUCCCUCUGCCCCCUCUACAUCGGAUAUUUUCUUUCUGGGUUCUCAUGUGGGCCAUUCGACCACAUAAGAUCCUGGAUCGAGCUUGACAAUGGAUCGAAAGUUACAGCUCACCUCCCCCACAUUCUCCCACCCGUUCCUCGCUUGAGCUUGGUAUCCGUGCAAGUAGUGCGCGCUAACGCUGAACCAUCGCACAGCGCCAACGAAGCCACUGACAGCGCUACACAAGCCGCUGCCCGCCCCUGCGUUCCCGCUCCCAACGAUCCCAAAUACAGCCUCAGUCAUUUUCAGGAUGAAAGCAAAGAGACAGGUCCCAGCUGUCAACGUCCACCGCCGGGCUUUGGCAAGAUGCAGGGCGACGCCGAAGCAGUGGCUGAGGCGGAAGCACGCAUGCGCAAAGAGCUGCGCGCUUUUGACGCGAAAUUCUUGGGUGGAACCUCCGCUGGGAAAUAA